UUUUCAGUUUAUGCACUCCAGAAUUUGCUAUAUUUAGCCGUUUGGAGAAGGAUGGAGAAGAAAGAAUUCAAAUGCGAACAACCUUAAAUAAACCAAAAUCCUUUCUAAAAUGAAAAAGGUAAUAGUUUUUUAUUUCUGAAAUAGUCAAACCGCAUUGUCUUGAACUCGAUGGGACUGAGGAAAAAAACUUCAAGGUAUCCGAGGAUUCGAGAUAUUGAGGGUAAAAUACUUAAAGAAUAUGUGGUUGGGACUCCCGAAUCACUUUGACGUAUCUAUGGUAUUUGAGAUAUCUAAAAUAAUACCAUAUUUAUAUAGCACCCUUUUCAUACACUAUGUACGCUCAAAGGUGCUUUACAAUGCAUAUCUAAGAGUUCUUGUCUUUGAUGGAUUUGAUAUAAAUAUAUUGACAAUAUUCAAAUGUUUUGAUAGGAUGUUAAUACAUAACACAGAUAUUAAUGGAACUUUCCUCGGAUUUUUCGUAAAAUAUUCUUUUAUUUCAUUGUUCGCAUAACUUUUAGAAUAAGAUAAAUGGCAUGAGAACUAACUUGUAUUGUACAAUAGCUGUAUCACUGGCUCUUUCUGGUUGUUAAACGUUGAGUGCAUCUGCCACAGUGGUAUAAUUCUUCUGCAAUUGUGCAACCAUUUUUCUCUUAACCUUAGAUUCAUUGCAUUGUUUUAGGGGCUGUAAAUCAAUUUUAAAGUAUCUGAGUAUCUUUGAUUUCCUAGCUUAUGUAGUAUUUAUAUACAGACCUUGCCCAACAUCAUAUUUAAAUUUUGAUAUAAGAGGUGGGAUUUUUUUUUUUUAUCAAAUAACAUAAAUUUCAUUAACUUUUCUCUGAAAAAUUUCAAGGUCUAAAGUGUAAGUCAUAAAGUUUACAUGCUAGGAGUUUUCGUAGGUCAGCUGCAUAAGUUCCAUUUACCUAUUAAGAUAUCCUUAGCUGGAAAAUGGUAGAUGUGUUGUCUCAAUUCAAUUCUUAUAACAUGCCAAUGUACCAAGGAUCUAAAGUAAAUUGUCCUUUGCGAAUUGUCCAAUAGAUUCUCUCCCACUUUAAUUUGGGAUAUAUCCUAAAAUGUAAGGAAUAUUGUAAUGAAUUGAUACCUUUUGUUAUUUGAUAUAUUAUAUACAAUAUAACGUUUAUUUUGUGGUAGGAAAUUUUUGCAAUCUGAUCCCUAAAAGAUUUUAGAUAUCAAAUUAUAUUCUGCAUUUUGAAUUUCUGCGUUUGUAUUAUUCCUAUACACAGUAUUGAUAUAUAUUUUUUUAGAUUGUAAUUUUUGCGGAUUUUACCUAUCUGAAAAAUUCUGCAAAAUAUGGACAACCACAGAAAAUCCCUAUUAUACAUCAUUUGAUUGAUACUCAUCAGAAAUAGUUGUGAAUAAAAACACAUUACUUUAACAUUCAGAGUUUUUAACCACACAGAAAAAUAUCUAUUUCUACAUUUUCUCUUCAGUGUACAGUGUACAUGAAUGCAAUUAAAAUUUGAGAAACUACAAAAACCACACAUUAACCUUAAUAUACCAUAUUUAUAGUAUAAGUGGAAAGUUCUUAAAUGAGCGAAUGGUAAAUUUUAUGUUUUAUUCUAUUUUUAUCACUACAAGUGAUGGGGGAUACUGGAAACCAUUCAGUAUGAUAUACGAUUAUGAUAAUCUCCUUUGUCUCUUGAGCAAAGUGGUAUAAACGAAGGGAGGAAAUUUAAUUUUAAGGAUCAUGGUUGAAGUCUAAGGCCCCAUUUUGGUUUUUGGAAAUUUUUACUGAUAAAGGAACAUUUAAGGGAGAAAACCUAGAUUAUGUAUUAAAUACUUAGAUCACUUUAUUCCCUUAUUGGAAGAUAGACUACAUGAGUUGCUUCAUUAUCUUUUAUGCAUCAAGUAGUGCAACAAAGUUUAAUUGCAGCAGGAGACUAGCACUUAUCAAAAUAUUACCUAACACUAAUGAUUAUAGUGUGUAUUUGUUUUGUAUUACAGCUGAAGAGACGAAUUGAUAUAUAUCUGAGUCACUGCCUUGUAUGAUGGGAUAAAGAAGGAAGAAGAUAUGAGAACAUACAAAGAACCCAAGCGAAUUGAUAAGCCACGAAUCAGGGAUUCAGCUAUCAGACAGCUAAAUGACGCUGCAAAGUUUGCUGCAAUUCAUUCUGCUGCUAUCAGUUUGCGAGAAGACGAAGAAAAUGCCAGAAAAUGUAUAGAAGAAGACCGUCCAAGUGGAUCAUGUGAUAAUCAUGUGAUCCAAGACUUUAGUGCUGAGAGAAAUGUUGUCAUCAACUGUCAGACGGAGAGUUAUAAAACAGAGGUUUCCUUGACAACAGGAACAGUUACGAUCACAGAAGUGGCUAACAAGCCAUUUUCACUCCCUAGUAGUGAGCCAAAAAAUCAAGCAGAUGAUAAAGAUUCUUCAUUUUCUUCAUCUCUUUCAUCCAUCCCGACAGACUCUUACAUCUCAUCUGAUGGUAAACUCAGUGACCUUGACAACUCAGGAAUUUCUACCCAUGAUCCUCCACUCUCACCACAGCAAACCACAGAAAAUGGAGUGGAUGAAGAAGAAAAGAAAAGUGAUCCUGAAGAGCCAGUGCCUGAGAAGAAGGAUUCUGCUCUCACAACUACAGAGAAAAAGAAGGUGUCAAAACCUGUCAAAAAGAAAGCAGUGAUAGACAAUAUUAAGAAAAAGUCUCCUAAGGAGACUGUCAAGAAGGUUCCAGUGAAAAAGAAAGUGAAACAAAAUUCUCCUGAAGUAAAAACUAUCAAAAAUAAGACUGCUAAAGGAAGAAAGAAAGCAAAUGCAACAGUGGCAAAUGACUGUAAUGCCAUUGAUUUAUCCUUAGGUGAUAACAGCAAAACUGAUGAAAGUGGAUCGUCAGUCUCUCCUCGAGCAUCAAAAAGGACACCCAAAAAGAAUCGUAAAUAUCACAGUGAUGAAGACGAACUAUUCCAGAAUCUUGAAGAUGGUAGCCCAAGUCGCAAGAGGUCUGCAAGAGCAGUGAAGAAGAGGAAGAUCAACUUUAAUGAGGAUGAUGAUGACGAGUUUGAGGAUGAACAUUUUGAUUUUGAAUUAGACAUUUCUGCUGAGAAAGUGGAGAUGCCAAAGUCAAAACCUCCGCCAAAGAAAUUAAGAAAGGUGGAGUUGAAUAGUGAAUUUGAUGAUGAAGAAGAAGACAAUAAUACUAUGGUCACUUCUGAUUUAAUUCCGAAACCCAAAAAAAUAAAGGGAUCGAAAAAAGUCAAAACCAAAACUAAUGGUGAUGAUGUAGAGACUGAUCAUAUAGAAAAGGUGGACGAUGAAAAACAAAGUCCUCCUAAGAAAAAGAAAGUGACAAAGAAAAGGAAGGUGGAUACUGUGACAGAAAAAGACACUGAGGAAAAAUAUAGUGCUACAAGUGAAGUGAAACCUCCAAAGAAAAAGCGACCACCAAAGAAAAAAGUGGAGAAAAAUUUGGAGAGUAAAGAAAAUCUUGAGGAUAUCAAAGAGGAAGAAGAUGGUGCUGAAAUUGAAGAGAAAAAGGAUCCGGUGCUGAUUGCUUGUCCUUUGUGUGGACAUCUGUCACGAAGUAAGAGUGCAAAUACACGGCACAUCAGACGGUGUGUGGAUAUUCCUAGAACAGACAAUGUGGUGGGAAAAACCACAGGGGAUAAAGUGGAUAAGGAUGAGGAGAAAAAAGAAAGUGUGGAUGAAAAGGAGAACCAGCAGGAGAAAGACAGUAUCAAUGUCCAGGAAGAAACCGAAAAUUCAAGUCUGGAAGUGAAACCAAAAAUGGAAGAGGAAGAAGAUGAGGGCGAUGAAGAAAAAGACCAUUUGGAUUCUAGUUUUGAUGUAUCGGGGGAUGAGGAUGAAGGGGAGGACAAGCAUAUGAUGGACUUAAAACUGUCCGGUCCCAAAAAAUCAAUAAACAUAGAAACUCUAAUGAAAAAACAAAGCCCUGAUACCACUUUUAAAUGUGAACAUUGUGAGUAUGCCACUCCCAAGCGAGCCAUGCUAGGGAGACAUCUAAGGACUCAUGGGAUAUACGUCUGCCUUCGAUGCAAUUUGGUUUAUGAUUCCAAGGAGGUUCUCAAGGAGCAUGUCUUAAAAGAGCAUAAAGAUCGUGCAGAUUAUAAACUAUGUAGAAAAUGCAGUCGGUAUAUUCGCUGUCAUGAAAUAUCAUUAGAAAAACAUAUGGAGGAGUGUACAGGACCUGUGCCAUUUAAGUGUAAAUUCUGUGAGAAAGAGUUUAAGUACGAAUCGUCAUUAAAAUCUCAUAUCAUUCGCCAUGAUCCAGAUGCACCCAAACGCUUCAACUGUCCACAGUGUACAUAUAAAUCAAAUUACAAAGCCAAUCUCAAAAAGCAUUUAAAAAACAUUCACAAUACAGAACGUGUCAAAAAAGAGUUCCCCUGUACAUUUGAAAACUGUGAAAAGAAAUUUCACACGGAAGACAAUUUGAAACGGCAUUUGAAAUUUCAUUCGGAUGUGAGGAAUUUCCCGUGUCCUCAGUGUCCUAAACGUUUCAAAACUUCGGCAGCUUUAAGGGGUCAUGUGAUUGUGCACGACCCUGCUCGUCCAUUUAAGUGCAAUAUCAAUGAUUGUACAAAAGACUUCAGAUCCAAAAAACUCUUGAAAAAUCACAUGGAAGAAUAUCACAACCUAACUGAUAAGAAAUUUCCAUGUGAUUUUGAGGGAUGCAAAUUUACUUUCUUUAAAAGGAGUCAUUUGCAAAGACACAAAAUUUCCCACACAGGGGAGCGAAAGUUUGGCUGCUCGGUGUGUGGGAAGGGUUUCAGGCAUGCAGAUAACUUGAAAGUGCACAUGAGGCAGCAUACGAAUGAAAAGCCAGUGGCUUGUCAUCUCUGCAGCUUCACCUGUAGACAGAAAAGCUCGCUCCAGUAUCACCUACACAAGUUUCAUGGAAUUGCUCCAAAACCAAAGAAAGCUAAAAAGACGGUGGAUACAAAUGUCACUGCAUCGUCGACAGACAGCAAGCCAAUCCUCUCGUCUUCUGAGUUCAAGGAAAACCACACAGAUCUGCUGGAGAGGACUGAAAAUAGUUUUGAUACUAAACCUUUGACUCCUAAACUAAAACCGGAAAAUCCUAUGGACUUGUAUGAAUUCCGGUCUGAUGAAGAGUUUGAUGAUGACUCAGUAUUGCUGCCUUUACGACAAGAUAAAACAUCCACACCAAUACGUCAUGAGAAGAUCUCGUAUUUAUCACAUACAUCAAAAUCGGAUCUUUUAGAUGUGACUUCAAAGAGUUUGGACUUUGAUGAUGAGGACAAACUCAGUGAUAUUGAUACUCAGAAAGACAGUAAAAAACUCAAAGAUGAAAAUGAGAUGGAGCCAAAAACUACAAAGGAUGAGAAAGAGGAGGAGGAUGAACCAGAAAUAACCACUGCCAAAACCCAGAAACCGAAGAAAUCACCAGGUAGGAAGAAAAAGGUGAAAGCUACCGAAACCAAAUCUUCCGUAUCGAAACCGGAUGAGGAGAACUCCAAACCAGAGGAAUGGGAGGAGGUAAACAAUGAGAAAUCAGUCAAAUCCGUCAAACCAAAGGCCAAGCGUGGAAGGAAGCCCAAACCCAAGCCUGAACCAGCCGCAGACACUGUUGAUGAGAAGACUGACUCAGAGAAAGCCCCUGUCAAACCUCCAAGGAAAAAACCAGGUCCGAAACCUAAAAAUAAAUUGAAAUCACCAGAAGAAGCUGUGAAGAUACCAAAGAAGCGUGGACCCAAAAAGAAGAAACCAACGGUAGAUGAAGACUUACCAGAAGAGGAGCCAAGGUCACCACAAAAGAAAAAACGCAAAUACGUACGCAAAAAGAAAACAGAAAAACAGACGGAAGAAAAGAAGACGAAGGGUGGGAAGAAAACAGAAGGUGCUGAGAGUCAGGAAACAGAAGCGGAAGAUACUAUUAUAUACAGUGAGCUGGAACAUAAUACUGCUAACGAGGAUGAUGGGGAAGCUACAGAAAUUGAAGGCUUCAAUGAAGAGGAAGGAGGCAGUAAAAGUCCAGGUUCAUCCAAGUCCUUCAGAAGAGAUUCCCCUCAAGAGUUUGUGGAAGAGGAAAAAGAGAUCGAGGAGGAAAAGGCAAUGAGUGAAGAGGAAAAGGUAAUCAUGAGUAAAGAGGAAAAGCCAAUGAGUGAAGAGGAAAAGGAGAAGGAGAAAGUGGAGGAGCCAGUAGAAACAAAGCCAGUGAAAGAAGAUGAAGAAAAGAGGACAAGUGAGGUAGACAGUGACAGAAUGAGCAGUGGGGUUGAUACCGAUUUUGAGGAUGAUUUGAAACCACCGCCUGCUCCUAGACCUCCCCCUGUGGUAGAAAGUGAUGAGGGAGAUAUUGAAUCGGGGCCUGAGGAUACAGACACUCCUGGCCGAGAUUUUGAAUCCACUCCACCUAAAUCAGUGCAGAACCACAGUGUGCAGAGUCUUCCUGGCAGGGAUUAUGAAUCCACACCAAGAGAUUAUGAAUCUACUCCCCCCAAGUCUGUGCAACCAGAUAGUGUUCCCAAUUAUGGCAGCAAUGAAAACAAAAAUGAUGUCAUGUCCCCACCAUCUAAGGGAUACUCCAGUGUUGAAGCAGCUAAACGGGAUCUUUCCAUCGACUCUCAAAAUGAAGAUCGGGAGAUGUCCAAUCCUGUGCCUAGUAACAUCAGCUACCCACAGGCGGGAUCUGUGGAGCUCCCACCAUCAGUGGCCAGUAAUCCUCCUCAAGCAUCACAACCCAACACCGGCUAUGGGUCACAAUCGGAAUCGGCCAUGCCUGAGGUUGACAAAGAUUAUCUUGGACAGUAUCUCCAGCAGUUUGAUUCUGGUGGGAGGUCAUCAGAUGACAAUAGCCGACUCAACCCGUCUGUGGAAAGACCUACUGAACAUAUCAACAUUCCCACAUCGCCCCAAGACAAAGAGUUACCUCCCCUGAAUUUGAGCUCUUCAGUCCCACCUCUGAACCUUACCACCACUCCUGAUCGUGACUCCAUGCAUAGUAAAGGAGCAGACUUGUCAAAUAAGAGGAUGGAGAUUUUGGCAUGUGAUAGACAACAAGAGGAGCAUUUCCAGCAGAGGUCUGAAAAUCCAAGUCGUUCAUCAGAGCGAAUCCCUGAUAAUGUAUAUGACAGCCUGUCCUCGAUGAACUCCUACUUAUCUGGAUCAAGAGAAAAUCCAUCACUCUUUCCUCCAACAACUAGUUCAUCAUAUGCAUUCUCUGAGAGUGACUCUAUUCUGCAGCGACAAAGAAUGACAACCCCAUUCCUAACUCAAAGUGACCCAAAUGCUUUACAAAACCUUCAUAGAAUGGCUGAUUCUGCCCUCACAGCAAACAACCCAGCAUCUCUCCUUAGACGCCCGACUACAGUUCCUUCCAGGGAGGAGAUUUUUCCUCCACCGUCAGCUGUCUCUCAAACCAUGGCCCGUAACCCCUUUCAUACCUCAUGGACCCAAGAUGUCCGACACCCACACUGGACUCAGGCGUCUUACUUGCAGAGACAGACAGGGUCCACUACGAACCCUCUCUUUCCAAAAGACAACUACCUCCCAGGAAGAGAUUUCAUGUUCGACACAUCUAGGCGUACUGUGGCAGAGAGGAACAUGUUCCCAGGGUUAUCACAGACACAGAGACCAGAUCUCCCUCACGAGACGUUUCCAGGAUUUGAGUUUGGAUACUUUGGGAGCCACGGUUAUCCUGGCGCCCCUCCACUGGAUUACACUCGCUCCUCUUCACAAACGGCUCAGAAGACAUUUGAUGAGAGAUAUAGGCAGACAGCCACAGGAAUGGGAGACUUCAGGACUCUGCCUCCAUCUUCCUCCUCGGACAUGUUCAGGUCCAUGAAUCCAUCUUUUAACUUUGAUAAAUACAUGUAUAGCAGAGACCCUGUAUAUCAUCCACAACACGUGGGAGACACUACCAACAGCCCGUUCUUAACUCAUGGAGUUCCGUCACAACAUGCAAUGUUCGAGAGGGACUACACUCGGGGCUUUUAUCACCAAAACAGUCCGUACAGCUUUAUGAAUGACAAGCCCUAUGCUGCUGCUGCAGCCGCUGCAUCAGCCAAGUUGACCCACUCCUCCACCCCCGGGAUGGGACAGGAAAGAGACUUUGUGCCACGCCCCAACACUGCUGCAGCUGCUGCUUCUGACAGUCAGAUACCUAUGCAGGAUCCGUAUCGACACCCAAUGCUCUAUAACAUGAUGAAUCGGUACUUUGAAUCAUGAGACAUAGUUAAGUAGUUUCAAAAAUUCAGUUGGAGAAUUCUCAAAAUGAUUGGAGGCCAGAAUACUUAGUGAAAGUGUACUGGGGAAAAAAGUGCAGUGAAUGGAGUUCAAGAAAAGCAUUGAUUUUUCCUCUCUUUGGAAAAGUAACAGGGACGGUUUAUAUGAUACGAUAGAGCUGUCAGAGAAAGUCCGAGUUGACCUAAACAAAGGAUGUUGUGUAUAUAAGUGUUUCACAAAAAUUUCAGUUUGUGUUGUGAUACAGUGUAGAUAGAGUGUAUAAAUUAUUAUUGUAUCUCUGAGGAAUUGACCGUGUGGAUUGUACAGAAUACCCAAGGCCUAUCUAAAAAGUGCAUGUAUAAUUUGUGUGUAAGUGAAAUCCCCCCCUAGACUUGUAUAAAAAAUGUGUUGUGAAAUCCUAUCAUUCAGUAGGUGUUGUUAUAUGCUUAUUAUUACUGCGGGAGCAGCAUAAAAGUGUGUACUUAAAAAGGUAGAUAUGUGAAUUGUAUACAACUAUUUAUCUGCAAUAAACCUUUGUAUCCAUUGCAUAUAGGAUAGAUUCAGUAUUUUAUGAAAUCUGUGUAGACACAGAAUAUGUGUGCACAUUUACGUGCCUCUGGUAGCAAAAGUAGGUCAAUUAUUUUAAAGUCUUAUGUGGAUACUACUAUUGCAAAUUCAAAAUGUUAAUCAACAGUGCGAUCUCAUCCUGAUUCAUCUUUUCAUGGGCUUUAAAUUAUCUAUUUUUGUACAAGUAUGUGAAAUCAGCUUUUGAACUAAUGGGGAAAACUAUUUGUCUUGUGAUGUUCAUAUGGUCUGUAGGUUCUUGGAAUCAUGUGACCUCUGUGAUCAUGUGAUGACCUAUCAGAAUGCUUGUCUUAUUCAUUUAAAACCAUGACAUACUCUGUACAGUUUAUCAUCAGGUGCUGCAAGUCAGACACAAAGCUUUAGUGCUAAGGCUACUGUAAAAACAAUGUCUAAAGAAUUUUAAGACUGUACGUAUUAGUACAACAGUAAGGGGUGUACAUACUAUGUUUUGGUGCAUAAUUUUGUGCAAUGUUAGAAAUCAUUUCAGCAUUUUUUUUUUUUUUAUUUGCAUAAUGUCGGAAAAUCUUGGAACAAAUUGUUUUAUAUCCAUAUACACACAUUUUAAAGCUCAUCAUUUUUCACGCUCACAAAAAAUAUUUUGUUUCACUAUUUCAUAUUUGAUUGGUUACUCUUCAUGUGUACAAAAUGACCAUCUCCAAUUUAUACUGGUUGUAUUGUCUAAGUGUGUGCAUUUGUGACAUGACUGUAUCCUGGUGACUCGUAAGAAAUACAUUUUAUAUAUAUACACACACAUCAAGUAUUUAUUCGUGAAAAGUUGAUGUAAAUUUGUAUCUUUAUAAUAACAAAACAGCACCGUUAAUGGAUAAGUCUUGUCUGUGUUUUAUCAUUUUGCAGGUGGAUUUUUUUUAUUUUUUAUUUUUUUUGCUUAUUUGAACAAACUAGAACAAUGAUCACCUGCCAGGUUCAAAAUAGUUUUUCUCAGCAAAAUAUCUUUUUGAAUUGGUUUUUACAUUGUACUUUGUUAAUCAAAAUGUUAGUCAUAAUGCAUGUGUCUGUUCUUAAAUCUAGUGUGUCCCCAUCUUGAAUUUCAAAUGUACACUUCUCACAUUUAUCAUGGAAGCAAAAAAGGUAUUGUAGGUGUUUGUUUGCACUCGGAAAAAUUCACAUUGAAUCCUUAUGAUCACCAAAAACUGGCCUGCAGUAUGGAAUGCUAGGUUUGCUUUUAACUGUUUUGUUUUACUUGCAACAUGGUCUUCGAAUCCAAUUAACUGAAAAGUAAAUAUUUUCACAUCAUAUAUUUUUUUCUCAGGGUUUAUCACCAGUAUUUUAUUUCUUAGGUUACCUCUCUUAUCAUAAAGGCAUUAUGGGUAGUCACCAAAAGUUACGUACAUACUCGUUAGAAAACAAUUUUAUUUUUUUUAUGAGAAUUUGUCACUUUGGGAAGGGGGGGGGUUGCUUUUGUUGAGUAAAAUGCAAGUCAUCAGAAAAUAAAUUCUCUCAGACAGAAAAGGUUGAUUUCACAUUUCUUUUUUUUUUCUAGAAUUUUUUUUUUAUUAUUAAAAUGCUUUAGUUUAAAUGAUUUUUAUCUGUUAUUAUGUUGGCUGUAAAGACCGUCAGUUUUACCUAAUUUUGUUACUUUUGUACCUCUCCAUGUUGAUUUUCUUAGGUUAACGAUGUAGGAUAUUAUCUGCUGAAUUGUUUGUUUUUUUUGUAUACACUGUAUGUUUUAUUUGUAAAUAUUAUAUAUAUUAUUGUGUGAAUUUUUUGUGUUGUUAUUGCGAUAUAUAUUAUACAUUCAUUAUCAUUAUAUAAAUAUUUAUAAUAUAUAUACAUAGUUAUUGGCAAUUCUGCUUGUUGUUUGAUAGUAGACAAAAAAAAAAUGUGAAUGUUGUUAAGUUAUGUCCCUUUAAAGUUUUUUAUUAUAAAUUUUAUGCUGUAAACUUAAUGUUUGUGCAAAAAAAAAAAAUUCUUUUCCUUCUGUAAAUGUACUUGGGACAAAGACCAUGUGAAUGCUAAAAAAAAUAGCUCCCAUUUAUAUAUAUAGCAUAGAUCAUUAGAGAUAGUUUUAGAAAAUAAAACAUUUUACUACAUCUGA